AGAUAUAAAAAGUUGGGUGAGCUCCUCAAACGGACCUUCUUGCUGAAAAGAAAUUGAUUGUUACUAGUUUUUCAGACAGCUGAUAGAAAAAUGAAACUAAAAGUAUAUGCAGAUCGAAUGUCCCAGCCUUCACGUGCAGUUCUCAUCUUCUGCAAAGUUAAUGGGAUAGACUUCGAGGAGAUCAGAAUUGACAUAGCCAAGCGCCACCAUUUAUCUCCCGAAUUCAAAGAGAUAAACCCUAUGAGAAAAUUGCCUGCCAUAGUUGAUGGGAGAUUCAAGCUAUUUGAAAGUCAUGCAAUUCUUAUCUAUCUUGCUCAUGUAUUCCCUGGAGUUCCAGAUCAUUGGUAUCCGGCUGAUGUAUUCAAGAGAGCCAAAAUUCACUCAGUAUUGGAUUGGCAUCACUCAAAUUUGCGCAGAGGGGCAGCUGCAUAUGUUAUGAAUACUGUAUUGGCACCCGCACUUGGGCUACCCUUGAAUCCUCCAGCUGCUGCUGAAGCUGAGAAAAUUUUAUCUGCAUCACUGUCAAUGAUAGAAUCCUUUUGGCUCAAGGGGAGUGGCCGGUUUUUACUUGGUGGCAAUCUCCCUUCCAUAGCUGAUCUAAGCCUCGUCUGUGAAAUAACGCAGUUGGAGGUUUUGGAUGAAGAGGAUCGGAAUAGAAUACUCGGUCCGCACAAAAAAGUUGGGCAAUGGAUUGAGGACACAAAAAAAGUAACAAGGCCUCAUUUUGAUGAAGUGCACAAAGUCAUAUUUAAAGCCAAAGAGAGAUUCCAGAAGCAGCGGUCAAUGGGUGCAACAAACAUUGAGACUGAACCGAAAUUAACAUUACAGUCCAAGAUGUAAGAUUUUUGGUGUUCAUGCUGGUCAUACAUGCUUAUGAGACCAAUGCAUGUUGGCAUUAUUUAAUAAACGUUUCAAUGUUGGCAUAAAGUUUUUGUCAAAUAAUCACAUUUCACCAGUUGCCUAAA